GAUACGGGUGACAAACCUUUCGCAUGCCAGGUGUGCGGACGUAGCUUCGCUCGUCAGGAUGCUCUUAAUCGCCAUGCAAGAGUCCACACUCACAACUCUAGCAACUCUUCACAGACUUCGGGGAGCACAGUAUUCUCCCCAGGUACUAUUGGAUUAAUGCCUCCGAACACCGAAGACGUGCCUGGAAGUGUACAUCAUCACCCCGCGACGGGUUCAUAUUCGACCGAGCAAGUCCCAGCCCUUGUUCCUUCCCUAAACACUAGCCAUAUGUUUGACCAACCGCAACUCCAGCCCUCAUCAUUAUUUUGGCCAGACUCAGAGCACUUGCUGCAAAAUAUUAUGUCAAUAGAUCCUGCGUUGUGGGAGCAACCUAUGGCGUUGAUGCCGCCAAUACUUGAGAAUCACACAAUGUCGUAUUCCAGAGCUACUAACGAUCUGGAGGAUGGUUCGUCAGAAGGACGCCGGGCUAUACAGACCCUCAGCGCUUUAAUUAGCAACACUGUCAAUGGCGUUACGAAGCCUGCUGCUUUAGCAAAUCUUACAUCGAGGUUCCUUGACAGCUGCUUACACAUGUUCUUCUCAACCUUCAUUCCAAUGCUCCCGGUUGUUCAUCGGCCCACUUUCGUAUUUCGGGAAUGCUCUCCGCCACUACUACUAAAUGCCAUUGCUAUCGGGUCGCUAUUUCUCGGAACGCCGGAAGCUUCCGCAAAGGGAGAUGUAUUAUGGCGCCUCGCUCAUACUGCUGUGUCAACAUCAUGGCAUUCUAUGAUAAGCCAGAAAAGUGAAUAUGACUCGUGCAAUGGGGUCCAGCUAGUAUUGACAGCGCUUCUUAGCCAAGUAUAUGCUGCUCUAGCAAAGAGUCGCACACUCCGUAUGACAAGUCAGGUAUUCCACGGUCUCGGUAUCUACUGGGCACGAUACAGCGGGUUAUUCGAUCUGCCCGCCUUGCCUCCACUUCCUUCGUUUGACGACCCCCAGGAAACCAAGUACCGUGCAUGGAGAGUCUGGCUCGCCCGGGAGGUGCAAUUGCGUACCCUCCUUGGACUAUAUAUUAUGGAUGGAGUGAUCUCCCAAUUCAGUGGUAACCCGACAUUUGCGCAGCACAUGUCGAAUCUCCUUCUCACUCCUAGCGACGAAUAUACUUUUAAUGCGACGUCCCCCGACGAGUGGAUGGGACGCCUAAUUCAACGAAGUCCCCUCGAAACACGAACGCGUUUCUGCGACAUCUUUCGCAAGCUCUUUUAUCCUCAUGAUCAGUUAACAGCUAAAGUGCCAGCCGACCUUUCUCUUUUCUCCUUGAAAGUUGUCCUUGAGGGAUUGAAAUCUCUUGUGGCAGAGUCGAAGCGUAUAGAGCCUUCCCCAGUUGGAGUGCCUCCCCAAUCAGAGAUAAACUUUGUGCUUGAUCGAUUGAGACUAUAUAUCCUGAACAGCCGCAUCUUCACUCAAGUGGAAAAGUCGACGGCAAUGCUUCGGUGGCAUGCAAUAUGUCUGGAUGCACUUGGCAAUACUGCGCGAGGGGCAAGGAGACUUUGCUAUCCCUUUGGCAUCAAACAACACAUUUUCGGCGGAGGCGAACGCCAUGAAUGUGAUAUCAAUCCAACACGCUGGAUAACAAGCGACCCGGCGCGUAGGACGCUAUUACACGCUGUAGAAAUUCAGCGCAUAACGAGCCAGCUUCCCUUAGGUCUUGCACAUGAUCCACAUGUACCAGGCGCCAUAUUCGCGGCUGCAACCACCUAUGCAGCACAUGCUCUGGCAGGCCGAACGAGGGUUAUCUUCCCUACAGAUGUCGAUUGGCAAAUUGUUCUUCUUCUACCCCAGGGUGAGAAAGAGUGGCACGGAACGAUUCAAGUUGGAGAGGAGGCGGCGAGGAAUACGGUUACGUUCAUAACCGGGAACAUGGAUGAGGGUGACGAAAAAGGGGCUGUAAUCAAAGAUUUGAGCUACGAGCUGAGCUCGGUGAGACUGCUCCUGAGAGGAAUUUCACUCCAGUGGGGUGUGAGCUCGGAAAUGGAGGAGGUGGUGGAGGCAUGGACAUCGAAAUGUUCAUAAAUGAUUCAGACUCCUCUUCGAACUCCUGCACGGUCCAUGUUGAAAUCAUCUGGGCUCGCUUGCGGUUGAUGCACAUUAGCAGGAUACGAAUACUGAGAAAUCCGCACGCCCCGAUGGCGAUGAGGAUCAUAGUGACCAGGAGCGGGUAUCGGUCUGAGGGUAUCAGCGUGUAUACUUGCAUGGUUCAGAUCUCAUGGUUCUCACAUGUUGGACCGUGUUUGGGCUUGAAUAGCUGCCCUGCAAUUACGCCUGCGAGAUUAC